AGAGGGAGAGAGAGGUGGAUGGAGUGUGCUGUCUCCUGUUCAUUUUCAGAAUAGAUCAGAGCAGUGAUGAAGGUGGAGGAGACAGAACCCGAGUCUAAAUUCGGAGACUCUAGGAAGUUUGACCCAAGUUUUAAAGGCCCGAUACAGAACAGGAGCUGCACUGAUGUCCUGUGUUGUCUCCUCUUUAUCCUGGCACUGGUGGGGUAUUUCGCAGUGGGACUUCUGGCCUGGUCUCAGGGAGAUCCAAGGAAGGUGAUUUACCCCACAGACAGCAGGGGACAGUUCUGUGGGCAGCAGGGGACGCCACUGGAGAAAAAGCCUCUGCUCUUUUACUUCAACAUUCUGAAGUGUGCGAGUCCACUAGUGCUGCUGGAGUUCCAGUGCCCUACCACACAGAUCUGUGUAGAGAAGUGUCCGGAUCGUUUCCUGACUCUGGUGAAGGCGAAGCAGAAUAAUCAGGACCUGCAGUAUUACUCACAGUUCUGUAAGGAAGGCGUCGACGUCACACAGACCACUCCAGAGCUCCUGCGGGACAGGGCGUGUCCAGCUAUGAUCUUCCCCAGCAAGCCUUUUACACGCCGAUGCCUCCCAGCUCUGGAGACGAAAAAGGGCGGAGUUGUUGUUAUCGGCAAUGAGACGAUAUUCACAGAUGGAAACAACACGAAUGUAAACGCCACUGACCUGCUCGAGGCAUCAAAGAAGUCAAACAUCGUGAUGGAGGCGCGGCAGGUGUUCAUGAGGAUCUUUGAGGAUUAUACACAGUCCUGGCAUUGGAUCCUGCUUGGGUUGGUGGUGGCGAUGGUGCUCAGUCUGGUGUUCAUCGUGUUGUUGCGGUUGUUAGCGGGGGUGAUGGUGUGGGUGAUGAUCUGCAUGGUGCUACUUGUUAUUGCAUACGGUAUAUUUCACUGUUGUAUGCAUUACCUGCAGUUCCGAGGACAGCCUGGUGCAGACGUGUCGAUCACAGACCUGGGCCUGCAGACCGAUUUCUCUGUGUAUCUGCAGCUGCAGCAGACGUGGCUCGCCUUCACGAUCAUCCUGUGUAUUGUUGAGGUCAUCAUCAUCCUCCUGCUCAUCUUCCUCAGGAAACGUCUCCAGAUCGCCAUCGCUCUGAUUAAAGAGGCCAGCAGAGCAGUGGGUUAUGUGAUGUCAUCACUGUUCUAUCCCCUGUUGACCUUUGCCCUUCUGGCUCUCGUGAUUGCAUACUGGGCCACCACUGCUGUUUUCCUCUCGACGUCCAGCCAUGCGGUGUAUAAAGUGUUUAACAGCACCGAGUGUGAGUUCAGCAGGCAGACGUGUGACCCUGAGACGUUUAACAGCUCGAACAUCUCCUCAGUGUGUUCUGAUGCUGAGUGUGUGUUUGUGUUUUACGGUGGUGAGACGUUCUAUCACCGGUACCUGGUUCUGUUCCAGUUCUAUAACCUCUUCCUGUUCUUCUGGUGUGUGAACUUCGUGGUGGCGUUGGGUCAUGUGACCCUGGCCGGAGCAUUUGCCUCCUACUACUGGGCCUUCAAGAAGCCCGAAGAUAUCUCAGCAUUCCCCAUCUUCAGUUCACUCGGCCGCGCUCUGAGGUAUCACACAGGUUCUCUGGCAUUUGGUUCUCUCAUUCUGGCGAUUGUUCAGGUGAUCAGAGUCACUCUGGAGUACCUCGACCAAAAACUGAAAGGAGCUGAGAACAAAUUUGCAAAGUUUCUGCUCAGCUGCCUGAAGUGCUGCUUCUGGUGUUUAGAGAAGUGCAUCAAGUUCCUCAACAGGAACGCCUACAUCAUGGUGGCGAUUUACGGUAAAAACUUCUGUGCGUCUGCUAAGGACGCCUUCUUCCUCCUCAUGAGGAACAUCAUCAGGGUGGCCGUUUUGGACAAAGUGACUGACUUCCUGUUGUUUCUGGGGAAACUGCUGAUUGUAGGGAUUGUAGGAAUCGGGUCCUUCUUCUUCUUCUCUGGGAGAAUAACAGCUGUGGAGGAAGCAGCACCUUCACUCAACUACUACUGGGUUCCUAUACUGACAGUGGUGUUUGGGACGUAUGUAAUCGCUCACGGUUUCUUCAGUGUGUAUGCGAUGUGUGUGGACACGCUGUUCCUCUGCUUCUGUGAGGAUCUGGAGAGGAACGAUGGCUCCACUGAGCGGCCGUACCUCAUGUCUCCUGAGCUGCACGACAUUUUAUCUGUUAGCAAAGUGGUGGAGGAGGAAGAAAUGAGAGAUGGAGAAGAAGAAGUGACGCUUCAGGAAAAUGGAGAGGUACAGCUCAAACAGCAGGAGAGUCUCAAGCAGGAAAACGAAGAAGAAACACCACUAAUGCAGGAGACAGUGUUAAAACAGGAAGUAACGCUAACACAGGAAGUGCCACUAAAGCAGGAAGUAACGCUAACACAGGAAGUGCCACUAAAGCAGGAAGUAACGCUAACACAGGAAGUGCCACUAAAGCAGGAAACAGCAGGAAUGCAGGAGAAGAUGCAGAAGGAAGCAGAGCUCACACAGGAUGCUGUAAGAGAAAAGGAGGAAAAAAAACAAACACAAGAAGUAGCAUUAACAAUGAAAAUUCCUCAAAACGCAGUGCAGCAAAACGGAAUCCACGAGGACGAUGUGCAAGAGACCAACAAGCUGCGAGAAGAAAAACAACUACAAGAAGAAAAAGAAGAACAGCAGGAACUUGAAGAAGCCAAGCCUCAGGAGAACGGUCCUCAGGAGAGCGAGACUCCACUAACGCCUCAGAAUGAGUAGCGUGACGUGACGAGGACCAGCGACGUGCUGAUGUUUGUAUUUAUAUGAUAUUAAUACUUUUCUGUGUCGUCGGUUGUAAAUAAACCUCAGUGCGUCCCAUUCUGGAUUCCGCUUCACCACGCUAAUUAACUUAACUAGCUAAACUAAGCUAACUAAUGCUAACUAGCACUACUGAAAGAGUUAAACUGAAAAAAAAGAAACAAAACAAAAUCGAAAACCAGCAGUAAUUCCACAGCUGUGAGGCAAAACAACGUCAUAACCCCAAACACAACAAAAGGCGUAUCAUGUUUGGACCAAUCACAGGUGGGGGGCGGGGUCAGAUACACAGUUCCAUGAAUUUCUCGCUUCUUUUAGCCUUGAAAUGUGUGAUAAGGAAAAUGUUCACUGCAGUCACUCCUCAGUCACAGAGACCUUUCAGUCAGCCAUGAGUUUCAUGAGGAGUGGAAUUCUGGGAUUGCUGUUUCCAUGGAGACGCUUCCUACCCACUUCUGAAUGCAACCUGGUGAUAAUAUUUCCUGCUAAAUAUCGCGGUGUAUUGUAAACAUGAUAAUCUGUGUGUGUGUGGGGGGGGUUUCAGGAAUGCAGUAGCAGUUUAGCAUUGUGGAAUGAUUUGAUUUGAAAAUAAUCUACAAAUCUGUAAAUGUUUACAUUGUGGAGCUCGAGUUCGUCCUCCUGACAUCACAAACACAGAUCAGUGGGGUUUAACCCUCACCCGAGACAAACCUUAUACAUCAUUACACAUUAAAUAUUGGGUUGAUGGUCUGCUAAAGCUAACUGACUGAAAUUAGCAUGUUGUUUAACAAGCUAAACAGAAACUGCUAGCUUGCACAUCGCCACCUCACAUAAGAUGAUAGCUAGCUUAGUUACUGCCAUGCUAGUUAUAAAAUAAUAAAUAAACAUAACCUACACAACAUCAGGAGGCACAGCUACACCCACUGCCAUGACCACCACCUUGGCCACACCCACUACAGUGAAUGUGAUUGCCUUUUCUCUUUUUCUUCCUCUUUCUCUUUUUUCUAUCUUCGUGUUGUUGCUGUGAUUUCAGUCAAUAAACUGUUUCCUGCUUCAACUCCUCACCUGAGUGCUAAUGCUAACAUUCUCCUCACUUCCCCCUGCUUUACAGCGGUACAGUCCAUCAAUUUAUAAUUGAUGCUAUUAUUAUUAUUAUUAUAUUUUCUAUAAUAUUAAUAUUUUAUAUUGUUUAUCAUUUAUUGUUGCUGUUUGUUUUUGUUACUGUUUGGUUGUUUGUUGUUGU